AUGGGACAGCAACGUCAGUACGAUAUCACGGUGUUCGGGUCGACCGGCUUCACAGGCAAGCGCAUUCUCAAGUACCUGCUCAACACGUGCGCGUCCCGGGGCGAGGGAAAGUCCGUCGCGGCUGCUGGCAGGAACGAGGGUCGGUUGAAGCUGGCUCUCACGGACAUCGGGGCGCCCGCCGACACGCCGAUAGUCAUCGCCGACGUCAGCGAUGAGGACUCGCUCGCCGCAAUGGCCGCGUCGUCGCGCGUCGUCAUCAGCGCGGUCGGGCCGUACAGGCUGUACGGACAGCCCGUGAUCUCGGCGUGCGUCAAGGCUGGGUGCGACUACCUGGACGUGUGCGGGGAGCCGGAGUUCCUCGAACGCGCUGAACACUGGCACGACACCAAGGCCAAGGAGACAGGCUCCGUGUGCAUCACGGCGGCCGGCUUCGACAGCGUCCCCGCGGAGCUCGGGUGCCUGUUCGCCGCCGACGAGUUCCGAAACGCAGGCGGGCAGUGCAGCAGCGUGACGUCGUACAUCUCCGUCGACGCGGGCGCCGCGGGGUUCUGCGGCCACUUCGCGACGUACGAGAGCGCCGUCCUCGGCUUCGCCAGCGCCAACGACCUCCGUGCCUUCCGCAAGCAACGCGGCGUGGGUCCGCGGCCCCAGCCCGGCGCCGCGCCGCCCAAGGGCCCCGGGCCGGACCGCAUCAGCGCGCCCGCGUGGCGCCCGCGCUUCAGCGCGUACGCGAUGCCGUUCCCGGGCGCGGACGCGUCCGUUGUGCGGCGUACGAUGGCGGUGCGCGCGGCGCGGGGGCAGCCCGCCGUGAAGUUCGUGGCGAACUUCCUGGUCCCGUCAGCGUACGCCGCGGGGCAGUUUGUCGUCUUCGGCGGCCUGUUCGGCCUCAUGGCGCGCUUCGCGUUCGGGCGGUCGCUCCUGUUGAGACACCCGGGGGUGUUUACGCGGGGGCUGUUCUCCCGCGACGGACCGAGCGAGGCGCAGAUGGCGGCGACGACGUUCUGCGAGGCGUUCGUCGCGCGCGGCACCGUGGACGCCGAGGGGGGGGUGUCUGAGGAGGAGUUGGUGGCGGAGGUGCGGGGGCCGGAGCCGGGGUACGUCGCGACGCCGAUUUUCGUCGCCGAGGCCGCGCUGACGCUGCUCGAGGACCGCCAGAGCGUCCUGGACUGCGCGGGCGGGCACGGGGUUCACACGGCGGGCGUUGCGCUGCACGGCACGUCGUACGUGCGGCGGUUGGUGGACGCGGGGAUCUCGUUCGAGGUCAAGUCGCGCAGCAUGGGGCUGCAGAGGGCGGGAGAGGGGCAGGGAUUGUCGUGA